AGCGCGGCGCGGGCCGGGGAGGGGAGGAGGAGGGCGAUGGCGGCCAUUUUGAGCCGUCCCCUCAGCGGAGCUCGAUGGGCGCCGGGCGGCGGCGAUGGACGUGAGGCGGUUACGGGUGAACGAGCUGAAGGAGGAGCUGGGGAGACGAGGGUUGGAUACACGAGGCCUCAAAGCGGAACUGACCGAGCGGCUACAGGCGGCGUUGGAGGCGGAGGAGGCUCGGAGGGGACCCGGGGGGGAGCCGGCCUCGGAUGGACACUAUGCGGACAACAACAGUCACCCCACUGAGCCUCAGGGUUACCAGCAUACGAGCACAAGCAAGGACAACGAACCCAGCUAGAGAGCGGCCAUUAGACCCGAGCACCCCCCCCUGCACCCAGACAUGAAGUCAGAAGCUAAACCCGAAGACCCCCUCCCCACCUACACCGUGCCCCCCCAACUAUAACACCCCCCCCCACUACAAUCUCCCCCCCCUCCCACCUACGUGCCCCACCACCCACCUACAACGCACCCACCCCCCCUAUACACUCCCCCCCCCCUACAAACGCGCCCCCCACCUACACCCCCCCACCUACAACGCCCUCCUCCCACCACCUACACCCCCACCUACAGCGCUCCCCCCCCUCCCUCUUACAACACCCGCCGUCCACCCCGCCCUUACAACGCUCCCCCCGCCCCAUAUGGGGCCCCCGACCCCUCGCAGCCCCGACCCCAACAGCCCCGUAAGCGGCCCUAUGAGGAGCAACGGGGCCGGGGUUACUAUGAGCACCGUGAGGAUAAGAGGGGUCGGUCGCCGCAGCCGCCGGCUGAGGAUGAAGAGGAGGAUUUUGAUGAGACUUUGGUGGCUGUUGAUACCUAUAACUGUGACCUGCACUUCAAGGUGGCCCGGGACCGUUACAGCGGGUACCCCCUGACCAUCGAGGGCUUUGCCUACCUGUGGUCGGGUGCCAGAGCCACUUACGGUGCCCGGCAGGGCCGCGUGUGCUACGAGAUGAAGGUCAAUGAGGAGAUCUCGGUCAAACACCUCCCGGCCUCCGAGCCUGACCCACACGUGGUGCGGGUUGGGUGGUCGCUGGAUUCCUGCAGCACCCAGCUGGGUGAGGAACCUUUCUCUUACGGCUACGGCGGCACCGGUAAGAAGUCGACCAACUCCAAGUUUGAGAGCUAUGGGGAAACCUUCGCCGAGAACGACGUCAUUGCCUGCCUGGUUGACUUUGAGUGCGGGGAGGAGGUGGAGAUGUCCUUCAUGAAGAAUGGGAAGUGGUUGGGGGUGGCCUACAGGGUGCGGAAGGACGUGUUGGCCGGUAGAGCUCUAUUCCCUCACGUCCUGGUGAAGAACUGCGCCAUCGAGUUCAACUUUGGCCAAAGGGAGGACACUUAUUUCUCCGUCCCACCCGGUUUCACCUUCAUCCAACACCUCCCCGUGGCCGAGCGCGUCCGCGGCACCACCGGGCCCAAGAGCAAAGCUGAGUGUGAGAUCUUGAUGAUGGUUGGGCUGCCCGCUGCCGGGAAGACGACGUGGGCCGUCAAACACGCGGCCGCCAACCCAUCCAAGAAGUACAACAUCCUGGGGACUAACGCCAUCAUGGACAAGAUGAGGGUGAUGGGUCUCCGCCGCCAACGCAACUACGCGGGUCGCUGGGACGUUCUGAUCCAGCAGGCCACGCAGUGCCUCAACCGCCUGAUCCAGAUCGCGGCCCGCAAGAAACGCAACUACAUCCUGGACCAGACCAACGUUUACGGCUCGGCCCAGAGGAGGAAAAUGAGACCCUUCGAGGGCUUCCAGCGUAGGGCUGUCGUCAUCUGCCCCACUGACCAGGACCUGAGGGAGCGGACCAUCAGGAGGACGGAUGAGGAAGGGAAGGACGUCCCCGACCACGCGGUGCUGGAGAUGAAAGCCAACUUCACUCUACCGGAACCGGGUGAUUUCCUGGACUCGGUUCUAUUUGUGGAACUUCAGAGGGAAGAAGCAUCCGAAUUAGUUCGACAAUACAACGAGGAGGGGAGGAAAGCAGGACCCCCCCCCGAUAAACGUUUCGACGGACGCCCCCCCCCAUUCCGGCCACGAGGGGGCGCUGCAGGAGGAGGAGGAGGAGGAUUCCAACGCUUCGAUGGUCGAGGAGCUGGAGCUGCCCCCCCCCCACCACAAAGUGGGGGCAACCGGGGGGGCUUCCAGGGCCGAGGGGGUGGAGGAGCCGGGGGGGGCUUCCGUGGUGGAGGAGGGGGCGGAGGAGGAGGUGGAGCCUACAACCGC